UUGCCUUUGAACAACUCUCUGAAGAUCAACUGCCUCUCCAGUUCAUUCCUUGCCCUGAAGCUGUUUCCUCUGGUUGUGCUGAGGGGUGAUGCCCAAGGUGCAUCACUUUUCAAGGACUGGAUCAUGAACAACUUUAUCCUCCUGGAAGAACAACUCAUCAAGAAAUCCCAACAAAAGAGAAGAACUUCUCCUUCGAACUUUAAAGUUCGAUUCUUUGUUUUAACCAAAACCAGCCUGGCAUACUUUGAGGACCGUCAUGGGAAAAAGCGCACUUUGAAGGGCUCCAUUGAACUUUCCCGAAUCAAAUGUGUCGAGAUUGUGAAAAGUGACAUUAUCAUCCCAUGCCACUAUAAAUAUCCAUUUCAGGUUGUGCAUGACAACUACCUCCUGUAUGUGUUUGCUCCAGAUCGCGAGAGCCGGCAGCGCUGGGUGCUGGCCCUUAAAGAAGAAACCAGAAAUAAUAACAGUUUGGUGCCCAAGUAUCAUCCUAAUUUCUGGAUGGACGGGAGAUGGAGAUGCUGUGCUCAACUGGAGAAGCUUGCUGUGGGCUGUGCCCAGUAUGAUCCCACCAAGAAUGCUUCAAAGAAGCCUCUUCCUCCUACUCCUGAAGACAACAGGCAGUUACUUCGGGAACCUGGAGAAACCUUGGUCAUUGCCUUGUAUGACUACCAAACGAAUGAUCCACAGGAACUCACGCUACAACGCAAUGAGGAGUACUACCUGCUGGACAGUUCCGAGAUUCACUGGUGGAGAGUUCAGGACAGGAAUGGGCAUGAAGGAUACGUACCAAGCAGUUAUCUGGUGGAAAAGUCUCCAAAUAACCUGGAAACCUACGAGUGGUACAAUAAGAGUAUCAGCCGAGACAAAGCUGAGAAACUUCUUUUGGACACAGGCAAAGAAGGAGCCUUCAUGGUACGAGAUUCCAGGACUCCAGGGACAUACACUGUGUCUGUUUUCACCAAGGCCAUCGUAAGUGAGAACAACCCCUGUAUAAAGCACUAUCACAUCAAAGAAACAAAUGACAACCCCAAGCGAUAUUACGUGGCUGAAAAGUACGUGUUUGAUUCCAUCCCUCUCCUCGUCAAUUAUCACCAACACAAUGGAGGAGGCCUAGUCACUAGACUCCGGUAUCCAGUUAGUUCCUGGAGGCAGAAAGCCCCGGUCACGGCAGGGCUGAGAUAUGGAAAAUGGGUGAUUGAUCCCUCAGAGCUCACUUUUGUGCAGGAGAUUGGUAGCGGGCAGUUUGGGUUGGUGCAUCUUGGCUACUGGCUCAACAGGGACAAGGUGGCCAUCAAAACCAUUCAGGAAGGAGCUAUGUCAGAAGAGGACUUCGUCGAGGAGGCUGAAGUCAUGAUGAAACUCUCUCACCCCAAGCUGGUCCAGCUCUAUGGAGUGUGCCUGGAGCAAGCCCCCAUCUGCCUGGUGUUUGAGUUCAUGGAACAUGGCUGCCUGUCAGAUUACCUGCGCAGCCAGCGGGGGCUCUUUGCUGCAGAGACCCUGCUGGGCAUGUGCCUGGAUGUGUGUGAGGGCAUGGCCUACCUGGAAGAGGCGUGUGUCAUCCACAGAGACCUGGCUGCCCGGAAUUGUCUGGUUGGAGAAAACCAAGUCAUCAAGGUGUCCGACUUUGGGAUGACAAGGUUCGUCCUUGAUGACCAGUACACCAGUUCCUCAGGCACCAAAUUCCCGGUGAAGUGGGCAUCCCCGGAAGUCUUCUCUUUCAGUCGCUAUAGCAGCAAGUCGGAUGUGUGGUCGUUUGGUGUGCUGAUGUGGGAAGUCUUCAGUGAAGGCAAAAUCCCGUAUGAAAACCGAAGCAACUCAGAGGUGGUGGAAGACAUCACCACUGGAUUUCGGUUAUACAAGCCUCGACUGGCCUCCUCACAUAUCUACCAGAUCAUGAAUCAUUGCUGGAAAGAGAAACCAGAAGACCGGCCACCUUUCUCCAGACUCUUGAGUCAACUGGCUGAAAUUGCAGAAUCGGGACUUUAAAAGAGACUCAGUGCCAGGCCAUGGGCUGCAGAUCCUGAGUGGGGCAAGGAGGUCUUCCCACCACAGAGCAUUAAAAGCUGCCACCAUCCCAGGACUCCUCAGAGGCAACUGGCCUGUGGCGCCAGUCCCUAAGCUGCCACGGAGGCAGUGGCCUGAUAGAGGCGGGCACCAGGCCACAGGCAGGAGGCUCAGCCACUGAACUGGGAGCAGGGCCAGAGCAGUCUGUACCCUUCCUCCAGGCUCUUAUCUUGUGUGGAGCGCAAACCUCAAUCGACAGCUUUCAAGCAACAUUUCUUGCACUUCUUAGAGAAAGGGAGAGAUGGGGCAGGACCCUUACUGUUAUUUUAAACAUGGACCUAAAGUUCAUGGUCAAGGGAUUUUUUUAUUUGACCUGACAACACAGAAUCCCAGGAUAUGGGGCAAGAUGAACAAGGAGCACGACUCUUUUUCAAGAACUAGUGAGUUAAUUAAAGUCACAAAGAGUAAGCUCUGCCUCUGUGAUGCUGUCAACCACAGCUUCCUGCCUUAGAGGAAGAUGGAACAGCUGCUCACAUUAGAGGCCGGAUAUUCUGAGAAGCAGCUUUAUGAGGUUUUACUCAUAGAGGACACUGGCACCUCUCUCCUUGAAGGGAGCAUAAUGGACUGGGGUGAACAAUUCUGAUCUCACCGCUGGAGUAUUGGGUAUCUGGUGUCUGGGCAGAAAGAGGGCAUCAGAUGGUGGAAACACCUGGUACAGGGAAAGGCCUUAGGUUGUAACCACUUGGAUGCUCAUCUUUACUACCAAGCCAAGCAAGUGACUCUGAGUCCCCUUCUGUGCCGAAUGCUUCCACAGGCAUCCUGGGAGGAAAUCAUGGCUUCCGUAAACACUGACUUACUGAGGCCUACAGGAAUCAGUCCCCUCUCUGCAUUCUUCCAUCCUCAUCAACAGAGUGCAGACUUGUGCUGGGGAGUGUGGCCUGGCAGAGAAACUGAAGCUGGUUUAGGCCCUAGAGAUUUGCAGCUUUAAGGUUGAGACUUCCAAGUCUCCCCAGAUUCUAAGAGAGGAGUAAGAGGUCUGUUCUUGUUCAAGCCAUCUGGAUGGAAACUGAGUCAGGCACCGAGUGGGGGGCUUCCAAGAUGCACAAGGAUGCCUACUGUUGAUUGAGCACUUGAAUAUGCAAAGUGAAUAUGUACUGAGCUACAAGCCUUAACUGCAGAAUCUCAAUUCACCCUGAGUUCACACCAGUGCAGUGAGAUAUUAUUAUUAUUCCCAUUUUACAGAUAAUGGAACUUAGGCUUUGAAAAGCUUGGACACCUGCCUGAAGUGACAGAGCUAGGAAGAAUAUAGCCCACCUCUGGCUGACUGCAAUGCACAGUUUCUCUAUUUUUAUUCAACACUGCCUUCUACUGAGGGUGAAAGGGAUUGCUGAGGAGGUAAGAACAGUAGAGGGGAAAGUCCUAGAGAGCCAAUAAAGAAGCCAACACAGCACCAUCAGCAAGUAAAGCUGCUCCUGCGUAGACCAGGGUGGCUGGCAGUGUAGCCCUCCAACUUGGAAUAGGAUCUUUUUUUCCUCAUCUGUAUCCUCACCUUCAUCAGAGUUAAUGACAUUGGAGUUACUAAAGGAGUAAUUAGCCCUUUGAUUCACUCAACCCACCAGAGUCAUAUUGCAUGAAGUAAUUUGUAGAUGAGCUUCAAAGCAGCUUUAAAAGAUUCUCCUGCAGAAGUAUAAAUACUUCCUUGAAUUAUCACUUCAACUUUGAGCCGGCUGCAGUCUUCUUGGACACUUUCUGGGGAAGGGUAUUCCUUGAUGUAAGAGAGAUUUAAUUUUCAUACAGUGUUCAGGGAAAACUCUUUUUGGAUGGUGUUGAAAUCAGCUCUUUCUAAAAAAUCAUGUGAUAUUUUGACUGGCUGAAGAUGCAGAUGUACAACUUUUAAGUAUAAUUAUUGCGAAACUGGUAGCUUCAAAAAAAAAAAAACCUAUCAUUUAGAAGAUGAUAUUUCUCAACUUAUCCAAAAUCAUCCCUGUUUACUUUUUUGGCAUUUUGUACAUUCUUUUUUGGAACCUUUAAUUAGAGAUGAUUUCUGGAACAUCCAGCCUAGAAGGAAAACAUCAGAAUUGACUGAUUUCUGUGGUAUGGUUCAGAAAAAUUCUCCCUUACAUGGUAUUAUCUUGUUCAAGCUCAGAAUCAUUGAGCCUUUAACUUAACAUGUGUCAAGAGGUUACCUCUCAGUGUCCUGCAAAAUAGACUUCUGCCUGUUUGGUUUUUGGCUUUUUUUUUCCUUUUCACAUUUUGAAAAUGGUGCCAUGUGCUCACAGGGAAUUCCCCUAUGCAAAGUUUUAGUUCUAGAUACAUUUUAUAGAUUUUGCAUUAUGCCCUUUUGAGACUAUGUAUUUAUAUUUGGAUAGAUUGAAUAUUUAUUAGUGUACAGUGAUUGCUAAUGUUCACAAUUAAAAUGUUACAAAUAUCUCUUAUGCUUUGUAAAUCACACCAAGUUAAAGGUUGGGUCUAGCAAAUAAAGCCGUGCAUUUUAGU